AUGCAGAUCAUGCUGCUGCUUCAGCGCCAAACGAUCCUCCGGUUAACAACCGUGCUGCUGCUGACUGUUGGGGUGAGUAAUAUAUAUCGAAUUAGCAAAUUAUUAAGUUUAAAUAAUUUCCCACACUUGCAGACCCUUCUGCAGAGCAGCGAAGCCCGAACCGUUGACGUCAGCCCGGAAAAAAGUGAAACCAUUACGUUCAUCCACGAUGACGACAAAAUCGACAUCUACAGGUCACACGACAACGACGACGCGGGGAAGGGCCUCGAAACUGACGAAGACAACGAGGUAAUUUCGGUGCGGCUGCUCAACAGUUUUCAGCUGAUGAAACCCUACGCUGGACUGCAGAAGGAGGGGGAGGAGGAAGAGCUGGAGGAAGGGCAGAAUGUUUCGUACGAAAAUAUGCUGGAGUCCGAGGAUGGCCCGGUCGAGCUGACCUCGAGAAAUGACACUGCCGUGAUGAGUUUGCUGGAAACGUCUACCGUUAGUACUUCGACGAGUUCAAGUUCUACGACGGGUUCAAGUUCAUCGACUAGCAGGUCAACAACCGUUGAGAUUUAUACGGAACUACCUACGACUACAACGACCAAACCUGCGAUCUUGUCAACGAGGCCUUCUUCAACGACGACAUCGACCACGUUACGACCUACAACUUCUACCUCCACGGUCAACCCAGUAGUUGUAACUCCACAACCGAUGGUAUUCGGAACUCGGAAACGUACGGCAAGGAACCACGCCGAUUACUACCAAUAUCCCAGCAUUGAUCUAGAUCAGCUGGACUUUGAUGACCUAGAAUACUCCGACGUGGACGGAAUGCGUCUUAAAGAGCUUCUGGCAACACGAUUCAUACCGGAAAGUUCCGAACAACACCACCGAGAUCAACCCACCAAUAAAGACUGUCCUUGCGCCACCGAACAGCCACAAUCAGCUCCCGUCGACGCUGAAGACUACGACUACUACCAGGACUUGCCAACACCUCAACCUCAUCCUCCAAUGAUGCCGCACCAUGCCAACGCUCGAUUCGCCCACCGAAAGCGACUCCAGCGGCAGCAACCCGAGCAAGCUUCUGAAGAAUACCUGGCCCCGACGAUGCCGAUGGACGGCGCCACCAGCAUGGAGCGGGCCGAGCGGAUGCACGGUGCCCUCGAGCGGAUCAUGGGCAUAGUGACGAUCAUGUCGCACGUUGAUAACUUCAUCCAGAAGAAAACCAAACAGUCGAUAAGGCGGCUCGCGCGGCUGUACGAGAGCAGUGAAAAGUGAGCAGAAAAUUGUUAAUAAAAAAAAUGUGAUAAGAGAU